AUGUCUAGUACAAUGCCACAAGUCCCUCCUCGCCCUACUAGGGCCCAUCAGGACCAGUCUGCAACAACAAAGGUCUCUCUGGGCAGCGACCUUCCAAAGGUCCCUCCACGCCCAGCGAACCGACGUCCUGGUGCUGAUCGCUCGCCUUCGAGAGAGAGCUAUGCUCGAUCCCCGCUCAACGAAACCCCUCUUCCCCCAAAUCACGGCAAUGCCAGCAAGUCAUCCCUCCUCUCGAAGGAGAGUGCCAGUUCCUCUUCUGCCGAAAACCCUCCUCGUCCUUCCGUCGUGACCCUGCCAUCCAUUGGACAAGAAGGCAACGAGUACGCGGACUUUUCGACAGCUGCCGAGGAACAACUGGGCACCUCUCCCACACAAACUCGCAACAUAGCCAACGAUCUCCAGCUUCACGCCCCAAAACCUUCUCUGCCGGUCUCCAGCGCGAAAGCGAGAGUCUCCAUGGUCACACGCACUGAUUCUGGCCAGGCAGCUGCAUACGGCAUUGGCAAGCCUGUGGGGGACGACAAAGAGCCUGCGACGAGACCGUUGAAGGCCAAAGCCAGCUUCGCCAGCCAGGGAUCGGCGCACGGCAUUGAGCGUCCUCCAUCGAGUGCCGGGAGCGAUCAUGGCAUUCCCGAGAUCGGGCAGCGUGUGCCGAUGUACCCGAAUGCUGGUGAUGUGCAGGCUCCCUCGCCUUCGCCCUUUGCGCAGCCGUAUGCUCCAGGCAUUGGAUUCCAUAAUGAUGGGUCGAAGCCUGGACACCAUGGACGAAAGAAUAGCUCUCGUGGUCAUGAUAUCCCAGCUGAUGCAUAUGGUCGCUACGGACACGGAGCCCACCCCCACGAUCGUUUUGAAAUGGCAUAUUACGAGAAGCAUCCUGAACUUUUCAAGAAAGAGCUAGGUCAAUACGGAGAAGGCAGGCCGGAGUGGGCGAUGAGCAGUGAAGAUCUGAACAAGAUUGUUCGGGAAACCGCAAGUCGUGGAAAUGCCCCUCUCGUAGGGACUCCCUCCGAGCAAGUCGGCAUCCAGGCAAGUGAGGAAUACGCUUCGCGUAUGAACACCCCUCGCCAGACUUCGAGCUCUCAAAUUGUACACUCGAAUACCUCAGAUGCCCAUGUGGAUUCGCCGUUGAAGCAGGAGUUCUCUGCUGCAGAUGUAAGCAAAGCUGAGUUUGAGGGUACUCUGUCUCGAAGUCUAAAUGGUCCUUCGAAUAUCACUACUGAAAGCGAGGUUGACGAUGAUGUCAUUCACGUCGACGCACGUCCUAGCGGAAUCUACGGAGCAGAGCACGGCGGAUCACUUGAGAAUCUCGAGCGUCAAGUCAGCUGUGGUGGCGAGAGCGAGUACGAGGAUGCUCCUAUCUUGGCUGCAGAUGAGGUUGCCAAGGAGCCGUUUGGAUGGACUCUUGAACCGGCGGUCUCCUCGCUCAAAGAUCAUCGAGGCAACGAGGAAGCCAGCUCUCAUCAACGAUCCGCCAGUCAGUCGAGUGCUAACAACAGCAGAUCUUCCAGUCGUCCUGGCAGUAUUCAUGGUCUUGUACCAGGCCUUCGCUUGCCAGCUGCCCCACUUGAGGAUCUGGAUGAGUACGAGCCUUUGUUCCCAGAGGAAGAGAAGAAUGCUGCAAGUCAGGCGAAGCCAUUAACCGCUGCUGAUAGACUCAAGCGCCCUGAGCUUACGGGUCGCAGGUUCCCUUCGCAGGAUAUCUGGGAGGACACACCGAAUAGUCUACAACACACCGCCACGGUUUCCACACCCCAAUUGCCCGAAGAGCAAGACCACGUGGAGUCAAAAGACAGUACCGAGGAUGAGAAUCCAGCACAUGCUUUUGCCAGAAGACAAGAGCAGCUUGCUGAACAGGAAUCUCUAAGAUCCAAGUCCACGGAUAGCUACUUACCGAAAGAGAAGAAGCCAUGGGACCACAAGGCCCAUCUCGAAGCAGAGACGAGACCGAACCUCUCGAAACAACGUUUCCCAUCAAGAGACAUCUGGGAAGAUACGCCCGAUAGUUUACAGCUUCAGACUACUGUUGCCAGCCCCCAAGUCGAAGAAAAGGACUCUACUACGAGUCCAACAGAUGACAAGCCCAGCACCGCUAGCAUUCCCAUGCCGAAACCUCAAAUCCCAGCCCGUCCUGCCAAAUCAUCGAAAUUGGCAGAUUCGUCAGAGAAAGCACAACCUUCGAUACCAGAGCGCCCACGUUCGAAACAGACCGAGGGAACACCGCCUUCUGUCCCCAUAAAGGCGAAGCCCCAAGUUCCGGCAAGACCCACCAAGCCAAUUAAACGCGAAUCCUCAGAAAAUGUACCUCUCACUACAGUUGCAUCAAAUUCUUCGGCGAGAUCCAUCAGCUCAGAUCAAGGGGCAGCAGCCGCUGCUAAGCCUAAACCACCCGUUCCUUCCAGACCCUUGGGAAACAAGAUCGCUGCUCUCCAAGGAGGCUUUAUGGCAGAUCUCAACAAGCGCCUACAAAUCGGUGCUCAACCUCCUAAGAAAGAAGAAGCGCCUGUCGAAGAGGAAGAAGUGAAAGAGAAAGCUCCUUUAGUCGAUGCCCGAAAAGGUAGAGCUCGUGGACCAGCCCGCAGAGCACCUGCUAAGAUCCAAGCUCCUCCUGCUACUGAAAAAAGCAGCGCCCUUGGAUUCUCGAUCUCGACACCUUCUACACUCUGGGAGAUUGACCCUGAGGAGGACUUGCUUUUGGUUACAUCUCAUCGUGAGGGAUCGCCAGCAGCAGCGCCAGCAGCAGCGCCAGUAGAAAAUAAAGCUAAGGAAUCGGAAAUUCCUACCCAGACUACCAACACCACUUUUCAGCCUGUGCAUGAGCAUGCCGAGAUGGCGGCUGGUGCUGAGACAUCUGUGCCCCCAUCCUCGGGUACCGAAGAUGAUAAUGCGGAGGAGGCUAAAGAGAUUGAGAAGAGCGCAUUGAUCGAGGAGACGAAAGCAGGCAGCAGCGAAGCUGAGCCGGUAGAGGAGAGCGAUGAGCCGCCGGUCAUGCCGGGCUCUUUCGAUGCUGCGCCGCUUGGAGGCCAGGUCGAGGACUUGGAGGACAGCACGCCGGCGUUGAAGCCUGAGUCUGAUGAGGAGGACAAGCCAAAGGCAGUGGAAAAGUAG